AACUUUUAUAUCAGAAUUUACCAUUUAUCAUGGGAAGAAAUAACAAACGGCAUGUCGUUUAGUCAGCCCACCACCGCCUGCCCUCCCUUCUCUCUCGAUUCAACAGGCAUUCAUUCAUGUCCAAAAUCACCCAAACAAUAAAAGAGAAAUAAAUCCUAGUUCUUUUUAUAAAAUUAUUCCAACGAUAUGGACAUUCUUUACGCUCAGAUCCAAGCAGACCUCCGUUCAAAUGACGCUCUCCGCCAGACUAGCGCACUUCUCCUAGCUCUCCAGCAAUCCGCAGCCGGUCGCGAUAUAUCUAUCCUCGCCAAAUCCGCCGUUGAAGAGAUCGUCGCCUCUCCUGCCUCCGCCGUCUGUAAGAAACUCGCUUUCGACUUAAUCCGUUCCUCUCGCCUCACCGCUGAUCUCUGGGACGCUGUCCUCUCUGGUAUCCGCUCCGAUCUCCACUUCCCUGAUCCCGACGUCACUGCUGCUGCUAUAUCCAUCCUCGCUGCAUUGCCUUCUCAUGCUCUCUCCAAGCUUAUUACGGAUUCCAACGCGGAAAUAUCUGGUUGUUUUGAUUCGCAGAGUGAUAAUUUGAGAUUCUCGAUUACUGAAACCCUAGGCUGUGUUUUAGCACGUGAUGAUUUGGUUACGCUGUGUGAGAAUAAUGUGAAUUUGUUAGAUAAGGUCUCGAAUUGGUGGGUGAGGAUGGGGGGGAACAUGUUGGAUAAAUCGGAUGCGGUUUCGAAAGUUGCCUUUGAAUCAGUUGGGAGGUUGUUUCAAGAGUUUGAUUCGAAGAGGAUGAGUCGGUUAGCGGGGGAUAAGUUAGUUGAUAGUGAGAAUUCAUUGGCGAUUAGGUCGAAUUGGGUCUCUUCAAUGGUGGAUUUUGUGUGGAAGAGAAGGAAUGCGUUGAUGUCGAGAUCAUUGAUCUUACCAGUAGAGACUUUUAGGGCUACGGUUUUUCCACUUGUGUUUUCAGUGAAGGCAGUGGCAUCUGGGAGUGUGGAGGUGAUUAGGAAGCUUUCGAAAGCAGGAACAGGCAGUGGUGUUAAUGGGAGUGUUGUGGACUCGAAUGCAGAGAGGUUGGUUGGAGUUUCGGAUGUGGUCACACACUUGGCGCCGUUUUUGGUGUCAUCGUUGGAUCCAGCUUUGAUUUUUGAGGUGGGGAUUAAUAUGUUGUACUUGGCUGAUGUGCCUGGAGGGAAGCCAGAGUGGGCUUCACAGUCUAUUAUUGCAAUUUUGACACUUUGGGAUAGGCAAGAGUUUUCUUCUGCAAGGGAGAGUAUUGUUAGAGCUGUUGUUACAAAUCUGCACCUACUUGAUCUUCAUAUGCAGGUUUCAUUGUUUAAGAAGCUGCUGCUUAUGGUGAGAAAUCUGAGGGCUGAAUCAGACCGUAUGCAUGCUUUAGCUUGCAUUUGUAGAACAGCACUCUGUGUUGACCUUUUUGCUAAAGAAAGUGUUAGAAGAGGUCAGAAACCUCUUGCUGGCACUGAUAUUGCCUCUCUUUUCGAGGAUGCAAGGAUAAGAGAUGAUCUCAAUAAUGUUAGAAGUAAAAGCUUAUUUAGGGAGGAGUUGGUGGCAUCACUAGUGGAAAGUUGCUUUCAGUUGUCUCUACCUUUGCCUGAACAAAAGAGCUCAGGAAUGGAGAGCAGAGUUAUUGGAGCUUUGGCUUAUGGAACUGGUUAUGGUGCAUUAAACUGGACAGAGCCAGCUUUGGAAGUUGUUGAAGUGUGCAGGCCUUGUGUCAAAUGGGAUUGUAAUGGCAGGACAUAUGCAGUUGAUUGCUAUUUGAAGUUGCUUGUGAGGUUGUGCCAUAUAUAUGAUACCAGGGGAGGAGUGAAAACUAUUAAAGAUGGUGCUUCUCAAGAUCAAAUCUUGAAUGAGACGAGGUUGCAAAAUUUGCAACGUGAACUUGUGAAAGAUCUACGAGAGGUAAACACCCCAAGAAUAUAUGCCCGUCUUAUUUGGGCUAUUGCUGAACACAUAAAUCUAGAAGGUUUGGAUCCACUUCUAGCUGAUGAUCCUGAUGAUCCACUGAACAUUAUUAUAUCAAAUAUCCACAAGGUUCUAUUUAAUGUUGAGUCGCCUGCAAAUACAUCAAAUAGGCUUCAAGAUGUUCAGGCAGUUCUUUUAAGUGCUCAGAGAUUGGGAUCACGAAGCCUUAGGGCUGGCCAGUUACUGUCUAAAGAGCUUGAAGAGUUUAGAAACAAUGGUUUGGCUGAUUCGGUCAACAAGCACCAAUGCCGCUUGAUAUUGCAGAGGAUUAAAUAUGUUCAAAAUCAUCCUGAUAGCAGGUGGACUGGUGUUAGCGAAGCCAGAGGAGACUACCCAUUUAGCCACCACAAACUUACUGUUCAGUUUUAUGAAGCAGCUGCUGCUCAGGACAGAAAAUUGGAAGGAUUAGUUCACAGGGCUAUUUUAGAGCUUUGGAGACCAGAUCCAAGUGAAUUAACUAUUUUGUUGACAAAAGGAAUUGACUCUCCACUGCUCAAGCUUCAGCCUACUGCACAUACUUUGACUGGUAGUAGCGAUCCUUGCUAUGUUGAAGCUUAUCAUUUGGCAGACUCAGGCGAUGGUAGGAUUACUCUUCAUCUAAAGGUUUUAAAUUUGACUGAACUUGAACUGGAUAGGGUGGAUAUUCGAGUUGGCUUAUCCGGUGGAUUAUAUUUUAUGGAUGGAUCUACUCAAGCUGUGCGACAGUUGCGUAAUCUUGUUUCACAGGAUCCAGUACUUUGCAGUGUUACAUUGGGUGUGUCCCAUUUUGAGAGAUGUGCCCUCUGGGUUCAAGUCUUAUACUACCCAUUCUAUGGAAGGGGUGCAAUAAAUGAUGGUGAUUAUGCUGAGGAGGAUCAACAGAUCAUGAAACAGAAGAGAAGCUCGAGACCAGAACUAGGAGAACCUGUGAUUUUGAGGUGUCAGCCUUACAAAAUUCCGCUGACUGAACUUCUUUUGCCACAUAAAAUUUCGCCUGUUGAGUUCUUCCGCUUGUGGCCUAGUUUACCAGCUGUAGUAGAGUAUACUGGCACAUACAUUUAUGAAGGAAGUGGCUUCAAGGCCACUGCUGCGCAGCAAUAUGGUUCUUCUCCUUUCCUCGGUGGACUAAAAUCCUUGUCUUCCAAGCCUUUCCACAGAGUUUGCUCACACAUCAUCCGGACAGUGGCAGGGUUUCAGCUUUGCUAUGCUGCCAAAACUUGGUAUGGAGGCUUCUUGGGCAUGAUGAUAUUUGGAGCCAGUGAAGUGAGCAGAAAUGUUGAUCUGGGUGACGAAACAACAACAAUGAUCUGCAAAUUUGUUGUCCGAGCAUCUGAUGCGUCAAUCACAAAGGAGAUUGAAGCAGACUUGCAGAGCUGGUUGGAUGACCUUGCUGAUGGAGGUGUGGAGUACAUGCCUGAAGAUGAAGUGAAAGAGGCUGCUGCUGAAAGGCUUAGGAUUUCAAUGGAAAGAAUAGCCUUGUUUAAGGCAGCCCAACCACCACCCAAAACUCCCAAAUCUGAUGAUGAAGAGGAGGAGAAAGAGGAUGACGAGGAAAAGAAAGAAAAUGAGAAUGAUGGCGAUAAGAAAGAGCACAAGGAAGAUGGUAAAAAACCAAAAGGAACCCUGUCAAAAUUAACCGCGGAGGAGGUUGAGCACAUGGCUCUUCAAACAGCCGUGCUCCAAGAAUGGCACGUUCUGUGUAAAGAAAGAAGCUCGACAGUGAAUUAAUGACAAUCUUUUUCCAUGAUUGUGAAGAGAGUUAGAUAGCAUUCUUUGUACCUUUUAGAAUUCUAGUUUUGACAUCUGCAAAAUUUGGUUACCGAGCGUCUUCUCAUUUUUUA